GGCGCGCUCUCGCGCGCUCGCGCGCUCGCGGCUAUCGCGCGCACUCGGUGCGUGAUUAGCGUCCGCGCCGGAGGACGAGCCCGGCGAGACCGCGCGCGCGAGACCGGACCGGAAAGAGAGGGACGAGGGAGAGGCCGCGAUGUCGGGCCUCCUCUACACGCUCCUGGGCCUGGCCGCUAGCUCCAGCCUGCACUGCGCGGUCAGGCGGGAGAUCAGUCCCUGCACCUGCCGCCAGGAGGAGUUCUCCACCCCCGUGCUCGCCGGCACCGUCGGCACCGCCGGCGUCGUCCCCGUCGCCGGCGUCGCGGCCCCCGGUGCAGCCGCCGCCGCCGCCGCCGCUGCCGCUGCCGCCGCCGCCGCGACGCUCCCCAACGGAGAGCGUAUCGAGGUCGUCUGCGAGCGCAUGGACUCCUUCGACCAGCUCGCCCAGGCGCUGCGCGGCAAGUUCACCGCCGACCAGCAGAUCACCCUGCGCAUCUCCCACUCCCGCCUCGGCGACAUCUCCAGGCACGACUUCAAGGAGCUCCGCAUGACCGUCACCAGGCUCGAGCUCAACCACGACCAUCUCGGGCAUGUCGACGGCGAGGUAUUUGUCGGUCUUGGGCGCACUCAGUACUUGAGUUUGGCCGACAAUGAGAUGCCCUCGAUACCCAGGCACAUCUUGGCUCACCUGUCCCUGCUGAGGACCCUGGACCUCAGCAGGAACCGCAUCGGUCGCAUCGAGUCCGACGACUUUAAGUACAACCCAACCUUGCAGCAUCUCUCCAUGGCAGGCAACGCGAUCUCGGAGAUGGUCCCGGGCUCGUUGCCGCCCCUGGUGAAGCACCUCCACGUCGGCAGGAACCACCUCACGACCCUGAAUCGCACGUUACGGGAUCUGAAUCAGCUGGAGUGGCUGCUGAUAAACUCUAACGAGCUGGCUUCGUUGGACGGGGAGUUGCCCUCCUCCGGGCACAACCUGAAGAUGCUCUACGCAGUCGACAAUCAGCUGACCCACCUGCCCGCGGAGUUCCGAUUCCUCCAUCGGCUCGAGUCGCUCUUCCUGCAGCACAACAAGAUCCGCACCUUGGCCGGGACCCUUCAGAAGGCCCGGCGACUCAAGUUCCUCGAGCUCUCCUACAACGACCUGCAAGAGCUCACCGAGGAGGACUUCCUGGAGACGGAGCUGCUGGAGGAGCUUCAGCUGGGGCACAAUUCCCUCAAGUCCCUGGGCAGCGUCAACGGGGAGGGCAUCGGCGGCAACGGUGCUCUUUACCCUCUCAGGGCGCUCAAGUGUCUAAACCUAACCCACAACGAGCUGCAGGAGUUCAGCUUCUCGUCUCUUCGGGGUCUACGAGAACUGCGCCUCCUGGACCUGUCCAGCAAUCGUAUCUCCAGACUCUACAAGAGCAGACCAUCCACCGAGAACCUCGUCGAGGAAGAGGGCGAGGAGAUCGCCGGAGCCAACAUCCAAGACAUGCGGCUUCAGCACAACGAGCUGAGAAGUCUGGAGGGCUCGCUCUUCCUGGGGAUGAAGGAACUGCAGAGGCUCAACCUGAGUCACAACGCCCUGGGGCCGAUGAUCGGGUUGAGCGACCUCCAGGGGCUGGACAGCCUCCGGGUGCUCGACCUGUCGCACAACGAACUCACCACCUUGGAGGACACGUCGGAGACGUGGCUCCCUACCCUGGAGGAGCUGAACGUGUCUCACAAUCGGCUGGUGACGCUCUCGGAGCGCGACUUCCGAGGGUUCCCAGGACUCUGCUGGGCGGACGUAAGCGCGAACCAGAUCCGCUCGUUGACGCCGGAGCUGGUGGCCAACACCCGGUGCACCGUCCACGGGGUGCCCGACGUCCUGCGCAUUUACCUUCAAGAUAACCCGGUGAUGUGCGACGCCGGCCUGGCAGAUCUGACCGUAUCCCUGGAGGUGAAUCACGCUAAGGUCUACGGGGUGGCCAACGACUGUCCGACGACCCCGGCGACGACCGUCACGACGACGGCGGGCGUCCCGACGUCGCCGCUCCCACCGCUGCCGCCGACCCUGUUCCUGCAGGCGGUCUCGGCGGUUUCCGCGUCCGGGAACAAUGUCUCCUUCGCAGCGACCCUCGAGUAGCUCUGAUCAUCGAUCCGGAGGGCCGGUGAACGAGGAAUCCCAGGAAACGUCUCAUCGGUCAAGAAAGGACUCUCGCUAUCCAUCUCAGGACCAUCCGCUCGCCUCGUCGGACGAGCUCGCCAGGGAUAUACCCCCGUAUCUCCUCGGAGUAGCUGCAGAAAAGUGGAGAAAACGAGAGAUAGAGAGAGAGAGAGAAACGUCCCGGUAGACUCGGAGAAACCGGCGGAAGGGAUGUCGACGUGUCCCUUUUAUUUAUUUACAAGUCCUCGCCGACGCUCCGGGGAUCCCGGCUACCGGAAGCUUCUUCUUUCCUUCCCUUCUCGAGCUCUCUGCCUCUCCUUUUCCCCGCAAUUCGGGAUCGGCGUUCUCGUUCCUCCCUUAAGGUCGGGACACUUUGGUGGUAUCUCGCGCCAAGUACACAUUUCCCGCUUUUGAGCGUGGAUCCGUUCAAGGAUAUUCCUAGCACCCCGUCUCUGCGGUCGCUCCGUUGACUCCCACGGUCGACUGGGAAAUCGCAAUUCGAGAUUAUCAUCGAUUGCUGCAAUUGCUCGGGUGCACGGGUGCAGCCCGAGUGCAAGAAAGUAAUUGCGAGUUUCGUUCGACGAUAGUUGCGUAGGCACUGUACAUAGUUCCCAUUCUUACGACGCUGUUCUGGGCUGUCCGGAGCGGCCGCUAUUAAAGUAUCGACGUAUCUUUUCUUUCUCUCUCUCUCGCUCGCUCGCUCUUGUCCUUCCUUCUGUUACCUAUAAUGUGCACGUAUUACGGCCGAAGAGCGAAAUCCACUUGAUUAGGCCUUCCUCUCGAGCGAUCAGCGAAGAGUCGAAGCUAGGCCUCAGCUGGACCAAAGUUGAAGUAUUUUCUGAAACAAGAGGCAUCCGUAAAUCUCCUCGAAGCAAAAACGAGAUCAUACUCGCAUUUAUUAUUUAAACAUAUAUAUAUAUAUUUUUAUGUAGCUAUCACCUUGUCGAACAACAUUCGUGCCCAGCUAGGCUAGUCACGCUCAAGAUGGUAGACCUCAGGGUUUUGCGGUUCGAGCUGGCAAAUUUAGGAAUUUAGAAGAAAGAUCCUAAUGCGAGAUCGAUGUUACCCGAGCCGGCGAUUUAUCUCGCGAAAACCCGUCGAUUCCUAUAGAGAAUGGUGGAGAGAGAGCGAGGGGGAGACGGAAUGAGAGAAAAAGAGAGCGACAGGGCUCCUCGGGUCAAUGAAAUAAAUAAAAUCCGCCGAGUCGCGCUCUCUCGCAUUUGCGAUUGUCUGAUUGGCAGUGGGCGAUCAAUUGACCCCUUAUUAACCGGUGCCAAUGGAGACGAAUUGUUAUCGACACACGUCGCGCAUACAUAAUAAAUUGGCCCUCUUCGUGUAGCGGAGGCUCGGAUGAUUACACGGACCACGUGUACGUUCUUCGCUCGCUGUCGGUCUUGCCUAGAACUGCGUCGUCUUGCUCCGGAAGCUCCGCGGGGUAUAUCAAUGUCAAUCGGCAAGUAAUUGCGUUCCACCAUCCGAAGUAUCUCGUAGGAGGCAGCCGUUCGUGCCGACUGCUAGCUUAAAUAGCUAGGACACAAAGUCAAAACUAAUUUAACUGUUAAGUAUUUUAAAACGAGUGACUAGAGUUACAUACAUAGGUGCCAUACGUAGGUAAAGCCGAUACCUGUACGUAACUUAGUAUGUAAGUAAUUUAUCCGCGCUGUGAUUCGAAGGUUUUUGAAUUCCGAUCCAGUAGUGACCAGAUCGCUAAUCAGGAUGUCCGCCACGAGUAAAACGACACCUUUAGAGGAGAACUUACGAUGAAUCUAUAUCGUUAAGACGAUACACCGUUAUAUUUUAAUAAGGACGUUUGACGUUAAUAUAUGAAUUGAAAUGUAUAUGCUACAGAACGUUUUUAGAUAUCUUAAUUUUUAUUAAUAAAGGCUUUACUCUUCUAA